CUGCUCUGCCGGCUCAGCGGUGGCGGGUGCUGCGAGCAAAGCAUGGCCGCGGGAAGCAAUUUGCGCGGCCACGACUCUCGCAGCGAGGAUGCUGCCGAUGACGCGCCGCCUCCCAUGGGGAGCGUGGUGCUGCAGAUCUACUCCGACCACGAGGACACGAGCCCCUCGCCCGCCAAGGCGUGGCGAGCGCCGCCCGGGGACGCGGGGCGGCCGCGUCUGCCGCCCUCGCCCUGCCGUCGGGAGCGUGCGGUCACCGCCGCUGGCCGCGUCCCUGGCGCCUCCGUCGGCCGCCCCGCCCGCCGUCGCCAGCACGGCCGCGCCGCCGUUCACGCCCGUAGGCGGCGGCGGCGCGGGCACGCCGACCGCGCGCUUCGGCGGCGCGGGCGUGGGCGUCCGGCGGGGGAGCACCGCCGUGAGCAGCGACGGCGGCACCGGAGAGGGAGACGCCGCCGGGGGAGCCAAAGAGCAGGCCCCCGCGCCGCGGUCGCUGUGGCUGCAGGACGAGGAGGAGUUCGACAUCGAGGUCUCGAAGGAUGGAACCGCGCUCGGCGUGGACGUGCAGACGAUUGGCGCGCUGCUGAUCUGCGGGAUCAGAAGCGAUGGCGCCGUCCAGGCGUGGAACCUGGCCCAUCCGGAGACGCCCGUUCAGCCCGGCGACCGCAUCAUCGAGGUGAACGGCCAGCGCGGGGAGCCAGACGUGCUGGUCGCCGCCCUGCAGAGGGAUCAGCGCCUCAGCAUCCGCUUGAGGCGACUGAACAAGUUCUGCGUCACCCUGGAGAAUUUCCCUGGGCGGCUUGGUCUGGAGAUCAAGGGGCAAGACUCCUCCGUG